AUGGCGGAUCAAGAAGAAGAGGACUUGCGAAUGGCUCUGCGUAUGAGUCUACAACCGUCACCCCCUGAGGCGAAAAGGAGCAAACCUAGAGAGAAUGCCGGUAUUCAAAGUGUUUCUUCCAAUUCGGAGGAGUCGCCCGAGGCGAAAAAUCGGAAAUUGCAGCGAGAGCUUAUGGCCGCGGCUGCAGAGAAGAGGAUGAUGCUGGCUAAGAAUGCUGCCUCUGCAAAGGCGGGGAGGGUUGCAGUUGCAGUUGCCGUGCCGGAGCCGAGCAUUCCCGUCACCAAGGCAGAAAGGAGUGUUGUUGCAGGGCCUGUUGGACAAAAACCCGAGGCGGAGUGUACGAGGGAGGAAGCGAAAAAUGUGACCUUUGGGGAAGAACUAUCUUCUGCAGAGGCGGAUCAGUUGUUUUCAAUGGUGUUUGGAAGUGGCGUUUCGAAGGAUAUUCUUGCUCAAUGGAGUCAUCAGGGCAUAAGGUUUAGCUCUGACCAAGAAACAUCUAUGGGCCUUGUACAACAUGAAGGGGGGCCUUGUGGCGUUUUAGCAACCAUACAGGCAUUUGUCCUCAAAUACCUUUUGUUUGCAACUGAUGAAGAAGGUAAAGAUGCAACCAGUUUGACAUCCCAAAAUAUGGGGGCAAGGAGAUUGUCUCGAAGUGAAUGUGUCACAUUGGGUAAUUUUGCUUCUCUAACUGAAGAUGGAAAGGCAAGAGCUCUGGUUCAUAGUAUGAUGGAAAUACUAUUUUCAUGUGGCUGUAAGAAAAGGGCUACUGUUGCAACAUUGAGUGUCAUCAACCUCCCUGUUGAGGACAGAUCUGAAGGUGGUCAAAAGGAUGACAUAAUUGCAAAAGCCUUGGAAGGCCUUCAAAUUGAAUCAGCUUCAGACUUGCACAAGUUUUUAAGAGUCAAGACAUAUAGUUCGGCAACCAGUGCUUUUCACGGUCUCAAGUCAAUGCUUCCCAUUUUUCAAAGUCGAAUGGGAGCAAUACUGUUCCUCAUUUCUGCAUUACUUUCUCGAGGACUGGAGUCUGUUCAAGCAGACAGAGAUGAUCCUAGCCUACCAUUGGUCACUGCACCAUUUGGACAUGCCUCACAGGAAAUUGUAAACCUACUGCUUUGCGGGCUGGCUGUCCCUAAUGUGUUUGAUGGGAGGAUGGAUUUAGGAGGUGGCAUGUUUCUAAAGGGCAUACCUACUAGUGUGGAAGUUGGAUUCCUUACUUUGCUGGAGUCUCUCAAUUUCUGUAAGGUUGGGCAGCAUCUGAAAUGCCCAAAGUGGCCAAUAUGGGUGGUGGGAAGUGAAUCACAUUACACAGUCCUUUUUGCUCUUGAUACCCACGUCCAAGAUGAGAAUGAACUGGAAGAACGGGAGUCACAGAUCAGGAAAGCAUUUGAUGCCCAAGACCAAAGUGGUGGAGGAGGCUUCAUCAGUGUGGAAGGACUUCAUCAAGUCCUCAGGGAAACAAACAUUAGCCUGCCACCUGAGAAGCUUGAUCACCUUUGUAGCACUGGCUUUAUAGUUUGGAGUGAGUUCUGGCAAGUUUUGCUCGAGCUGGAUAGGAGUUCAGGAGGUCUGAAAGAUUCUACUGGAUUGAUGGGUAAGAAAGUAUUUGAUCUCUACCAUUUUAAUGGAAUUGCAAAGUCUGUACUAAAUGGAAGCCAAGCAACCUCCGGAGGUGGGAGUCCAGUGCAGAGACCAAGACUCACAAAAUUAAGAGUUUCAGUCCCACCGAGGUGGACUCCUGAGGAGUUUAUGGCAGAUGUGGUUGUUCCCUCCGGUCCAGGUGAGAAUAAUAGUGGUAAAGACACUGUCAUUGAAGUUACCCAGCUUGAACCCCCACAGCAUGCACCAUUGGUGGAUUGCAUCAGAACUCGCUGGCCUCGAGCUGUCUGCAACUGGAGUGGAGACCCCCCUAGUAUAGUCUGACUGAUUGGUCAAUAAUGUUCUUGGUCAAAGCAUAAGGAGGUAUAAGAGUCUGCUUUCUUUAUGAGAUAUUACAGGAAGCAUGCAUUUACAAAGCAAGAAGACAAGAGGCAUCAGAAAAUAUGGGCUUCAUCAGUUUGCAGUUGCAUAAUCUCCAGUUAAAGGAGAAAGCAUGAUUUGGUAAACCCAGGGAGGUGCUUGUGGAAUGCCAUUUCUAUUGUGUAGUAUUGUAACUUCACAUCAUAAUUCCCUAGUGUUAGAUAAUUAGGGGGAAAGGGAAGGAACGAGUCCCGUAAACCAUACUGUAAUAUUUAAUUUGUUUUGUCCAAUAUCAUUGUAAGUGGAGAAGUUUUCCAGGCCUCGGGGUGUUAAAUGACAUGGAUUUGUGUGAUUGGUAUGAUGUUUUACCACAAUUGUUUUUUUAUUCCAUCGUAGAGCCUGCAGGGAAUUGGUAUGAUGCUUGUUUUCAAGCUC